AUGACAACAGUUGAUCAUCUUUCCAAUACUGAAUGUACCGGUCUAGGUGAAAAAUACUAUGACUGCAAUAAUGCAUCACAUACAUGUGUUUUUACUAACUAUUUAAAUGUGUGUUGGACAAAACCUGAUUCAGUUUUAUGUGCUCUAAACAAAAUAGAAACUGCGCUUAACUCUUUGCUGUCGCAUAAAGACAUCUGUAAUGAUAUUUGUUCCUGUAUCACAGCCAAUAUUGAACGUCUGAUCAGUGCGCUGGUUUUUUCCUUAUCAUCAGAAGACAUUCUAUGUCGUCGUUCCGCCACACAAAAUUUGCGACUUAUUUUGCGUGUCGCGCUGUUCUCUUUGAAGUUGUCUAGGUUAGAUGGUUGUGUUAACUCCCUGAUUCGCCACGGCCUAUCACUCGCUAUUCAUUCUAGCGUGAGAUUGUCACUAUGUGCAGCACUCCCGCAAAUAUUUACUGCAGACUUAUUUCAUUCAUACAACAGAGAAAAUAUUGCUCAAGACUUUGAACCCCUUCUGCGUAGUUUAGUUGACUGCUUCAUUUCAUCUCUAGGCAAUAAGUCCGCUUACAAGUAUGCAUUUGUUUCUUUGCUCAAAAUGUUCGGUGAAGAUUUCUGCGCUUUUCUCCAUGAUACUUGGCAGUGUAAAACUGCUGACGGAGUUUUGUCUAGUGCUCACCUUAAGUUGUUUCACCGGUGGUCAAAUGGAAUUCUUCUGACAAAUAAAGAGAAUAACGUCGGUCAAAAUUCUAUACACCACUCGAUUUAUCCACUUGAAAACAGUGAAAAUCUAUUUCAAAUUUCAAGCUUGAAGUCUUCCGCACCCACUAGCAUGACUAGUUCGGAUUGUAUUCAAACUGGUGCUUGUAUCAUUCGUUAUGAAGAUGUGUGUCAACUUUUAUCAAAGUCCACAUUUAUCCAAUUAGUGGGUCACUUUAAGAGGGUAAAUAACAAGCCAGAAAAAGAUGCUCAUGUGAUUCAUCAGGCUGCAGAGGAAAUUCUGAAAACUGUAGUUUCUAGAAUUAAUGCUUCAUCAAGGAGAGGAACCAUAUUCGAGUACUUCUUCUUAGAAAAGUCAUCUAAAAGGGAGUUGUCACAAAAUCGUCCUCUCAUAUGUCUCAUGGAAUUGUUGAAAGUGUUUAUUCGCACUUCUAAUCUUAACGUAAUUCUCUGCUCUUUAGAAGUAGCAACAUUACUCACGCAUUCACUUCAGUGUGCAGGUAGUGAAAGUGACAGUGAAUUAAUGAACAGAGAUUUUACAUUCAGCUUCUCUGACUCCGAGUGGUUUACACGUCAGCUUCUCAGUAUAAUUUGUUUUGCUUUGAGUGAUAGUAAUUUGGUCGUUCGGGUUGCUGGUACUAAGCUUUCACUUGCAGCGGGAAGUCUACCUUUCAGUGCUAUGAUAAUUGUUCGUGAACUUGCUGGUGGUGUGCUUACUUACCAUGAUGAAUAUAAUACUGAAGAACCAAAAAAUGAAAUCGAGUUUACAAAUUACGAAUUCCCUGUCAGCAAAAUUGACCUGUUACACAAAGAAGCAGUCGAUCUCAUUACCACGUUACUUCUGACUUUUCCAAGUUCUGAGUUCGACCUAGCUGAGGUGUGUAAAUUGGUCAUACUUCCAGGAUUAACUGACUUAAAACUACAGGUACGGAUUGCAACGCUAGAUUGUAUAGCAGUUGCAGCUCAUCUCCUUGGUGCCGGUAAUUUGGAUUGCCUAUUAGCUGCUGUAUCACGUGCAGAUAAUUUUCUGUUAAAAACAGCUGGAAAUUUUCUACAAUCUUCUUAUCUAGAGAAAGAUGAAAGUCAGUCGACACCAAAGUAUUCAACAUUACUAGAAGCUGUACAACGUCGAUUAGCUAAACGUCAACUGCCACAGUUAGAUAGUCAUUCACGUGUAUUACGAACCAGUAAUAAUAGGGUACCUGGUGCAUCAAUAUUAGCUAAUACUCUGGGAUUAAGUCCUAAUCAGGGUAUAGAUCACACACAGUUGAAAUUGUGUAUUCCAACCUCAGGAAGUGUUACGCCUGCAACACCAGGUACUGUUACAUCAGGAUUCAAAAGUUCACGUCUGUCAGCGUCAGCAAAUCAAUUGGAUAUACUAUCGAAUUUCUCAACUGUUCAAAAGGUGAAAUAUAAUUAUCGUCGUCGACCUAGUGCUGGUUUAACACGCAGACAAAAUCAACUCCCUUGGGAUCCACGCACUAGUAUUGAUUUAUCUAGUUCAUAUCCUGGUAAAAUAUCAUCACGUUUAAUUCGUCGUUAUUCUAAUUGUAAUUUAUUCAAUACUACUGAUAAUACCGCUACUACUACUUCUACUACAACAACAACUACUACUAAUACAAUAACUGCUAUUACUACUACUACUACCUCUUCAACUGAAGUCAAUCACAAUUCUAAUUAUCUUCGUAAAACUAUUGAAAAUAAUGAUGUUCUGCCUACCAGUAACAAUUCUGUAGUCCACGAUUCUACAACUAAUAAACAUUAUAAUUAUGAUAAAUACACUAACAAUCAUAUUGCUGAUGACAGCAGUGAUAAUAAUGAUGACGAUUAUCCUAUGGACACCAAGUCAAGUACAACUCAUCGUAGUACUAUUAUUAAUGGAAAGCAUGCUGAUCCUCAAAAAACGACAAAUCAGCCACAAGAACAACAGCCGCAGCAGCAACAACAAGAAAAUUCUAAUCGACCUGUUAAUCCCACUUCUAAUUCACAUUUCUUCAAUAAUAAUAAUAAUAUAAAAUCUGACUUUAUGAAUUUAUCAUCAACAAAACGUUAUUCAUCGAAAACACAAUUUUCAGAAUUUGGUUCACAAAGUCUACCAGCUUCAGGUCGUUUAUCGCCUACUCUAAAGAGUAUAUCAGACCAGUCGACAUUUGAACAAAGCAGAUUAUUUCCUCUACGGUCUUCCCUUAAUAUGGCUAAAUCCACUUCAAAUAGUGAUGAACCAAGUUCAUUUACUACACCACGUCGAAGACCACGUUUAGCACCAAUUCGUCAUCCAUUCAGUGGAAAUCAAGUAGAUCAUUCUACACCUUGGACAGCACAGGAUCAAUCCGUUCAAAAUUCCAAUUUAAUUUCCACAUCACUUCCGUCAUCACUUCUACCGACUAGAGCUACAUUGGGUCGUCAAAGUGGUCGAUCACGUCCAACACUAAAUCAAGUCUUUAAUACAACAACAACUACUACUAAUUCUGCUACCAAAGAAGAUUAUUCAGAACGGAAUCGUUACGUCUAUAAUACUAUUACUCCAAACAGUGUAUUGACUACUGACUUUACCUAUCAUUCAUCUUCACGUACCUCGCCUAAUAAUAGAAAUGUAACUCUCCACAAUCGAAAUAUCAAAUCAGAUAGAACUGCUUCAUAUAAUAAAUUGGAUUAUUGUACUACAACUCGAACACAAACUGACUCUGAUCCUUUUCAUGAUUAUUAUUAUGAUGACUAUGAUGACAAUGAUGUUGAAGAAGAGAUUUACGAUGAAGAUUAUGAAUCUGAUGAAGAGUACACAGAUACUGGAGGUGGUGGUGAUGAUGAUGAGACGACUAGAACAAUAGACAACGGAAAAUUUUCACAAAGAAAUCGAUCAACUAAGCCUAGUUGUUCAUUGCCUGCAAGUGCAUUACCAUUAAAACUGGAUAAUAAUGAUACAGUUUUAUCAAAUACAACAUCAAGUUGUGAAAUGCCUGAGGUAUCAAGUAUCCGCAGUGCUGCAUCACAUCGACGUGCAAUGCGAUUAUUUGAAGAAGCUGAAAACCCUAUUACUAAUUCCACAACACCUAUAUCAUCCUUAAAGGUGACAAAGGUAUCUCCUACAAGUUUAUCGAAUACUUGUAUACAUACGUCUAGUACAGAUAUAAAUCAUGCAAAUUCAAAUCUAUCUGGUCCUGUACUAACACCAGCUGUUGUUCCUGCUAUGCCAUUACAACGUUUAAUUCCUGGAAAAGCUUCAGCUAAAAGACGUGGAAAUCUACCUAUAAAUGAUUCAGUGGAUAAUGUAUAUAAAUUAGGUGGUGGUAGUGGUGAUUUCAAUACUAUUGGUGGUGAGAAUAUUUCACCUAAAACGCCUACAAAUUGUAAUAAGUCAGAGAUAGACAGAAAACAUUCUCAAGUAUUACAAGAACAACAAUUGACAAAGUAUUCAUCACCAUCAUCUAGUACUACUGUAUCGAGUAAAUAUAAUCCGUAUGUUGGAGCAUCAUUCCGUGAGAAUCGAGAUUAUGCAGGAUUAGUGAUUGGACGAGCUACUGGAAGUCCUUUACCGACAACGACAACAACUACCUCAGGUGAUAUGCAUCAACAAUAUCAAAGUAUUGAAAGGAGACCAUUGAAAGGUCAACAUAAUAUUCAAUCCACUAUACCCAAUCCAAGCGGAUCAUUGAACCAUUUACCCUCAACAGACACCACAUCCCAGGCACCAGCAGGGAAUACCAAUAGUACAGCUACACCGUCCUCCACUACUACUACUACUACUUCUUUCAAUGUUGUUGGUCGAAGUUUGUUUGAUCAACCAUUAAUGACAAGUGGGAAAUCACAUAUUCCACAGUCGUCAUCAUCUCCGUCAAUAAAUAAAGUGAUCACUGGGAAUAAUAUUAACUCGAGUGGAAGGCAAACACCUGGUAAUUUCAAACAUGCUGAACAUAAUCAGAUAGAUCACAAUGUAUAUCAUAUAUCAAAAGAUAACGAACUAGAAGGUUCUAAUGUUUUACUCGGUAUUGGUAUAAAUGAAGCAACAUAUGUUACAUCUGCGCCUAAUGUUAAUGAUGGAGAUUCUAAAGGAACUCAAGAAACAUGUGUAUCGCAUAGUUUUCGACAAAGAAUAUUGCAAAAGAAAUCUAAAAAACUACAAAAUUUACGUGACAAUUCAACACUUCCGUCUAAACAACAGACGCCAAAUACUUCCCCUCUUACACUUCAUCAGUUAGAAAUUAAUCAGAAUAAAACAAAUCCUGAAACAACAGAAUGUACUUUCAAUGUCGACAAUGAAAAAUCUUUCUCCCGAUUAGAUUCAAAUGAACAUCCUCCUAGCCAUUCAACAUGGCCACCUCCAUCAUCGAACAACUCCUCCUCAAGUAUUACGACUGGUGGCAGUGGUGUAUCUAUAGCGUCUUCAACAAGGCGUCGUCUACCCGCUGAAAACUCUUUAUCAAGAGGUUCUUUGAAUAAUACCCUUGUCAAUAAUUCAGGAAAUUCGAAUGAUCCAAUGCACCCUAUGUCCCAUUCUACAGAUACUUCAGUCAAUAGUGGAGAUACAUCUAUGAAAUUAAGUGAUUAUGAUAAAAAUCCCCUACCAGAUAAACCAUUACUUAAAGGUGGUAAAUCAGUUGGAAGUCUUUCUGGAACUCCACCAACACUACCAAGUGCUCUUAAUCUAGUCAGCUCAGAUGAUUGGGAGGAUAAAGUCAGUGGACUUGAAUUACUGGCUCAAAUAUUCACUGAACAAUCAAUACACUUAGUGCAGACUACACAAACUGGUUCAGCGUCUGCAGGUUCUUCAAGACAACCUGCAACCAAUUUAUCUACAUCUGCACCAACAUUGGUUAUUACUUCAGAGACACUUAGUCAAACUGUACAGGCAGUAAUUACAGAAUGUAGAAAUUUACGCUCUCAGGUUUCACGUCAAGCUGUACAAACUAUGGGUAGUUUAUUUCAGGGAUUGAAUAGAGCAAUGGAUCCACACGUGGAUGUAUGCAUACGUGUAUUAUUAAGUAAAUGUGGAGAAGCUGCUGCAGCUUUCCUACGUGAUGAAGUCAGUGUGAUAAUGGAUGAAGUAGUUCAGUAUGCCAGUCCAUCACGUACAUUACAAGCAUUAAUACAACACGGAUUAGGUCAUAAAAAUCCAGCUGUUCGACUUCAAACAGCCCUACUUGUUUCUCGAAUAGUCGAGAAUUGA